CAGAACUACUUUGAAAGCAGUCAUUGCUGCGGGGCAUCGACUGAGCAGGAGAGAAGAUAUCAGUACCUCCUAGAGUCUGCCCAGUCGGGGUGUCCAGGGCAUCAUGUUCUCACGUGGCUCCUGCUGUUCACAGAAAAUGCCAGGAUGAUGCCUCGCCUGCGCCUGGCUGGGGCUCUGAUCCCAGCCAUGGCCUUCCUUUCCUACUUGAGACCAGAAAGCUGGGAGCCCUGUGUGGAGGUCGUUCCUAAUAUUACUUACCAGUGCAUGGAGAAGAAUCUCUACAAAAUCCCUGACAACAUUCCCUUCUCAACCAAGAACCUGGAUCUGAGUUUUAACCUCCUGGAGCAUUUAGGCAGCCAUAGCUUCUUGCAUGUCUCAGAACUGCACUUUCUGGAUUUAUCCAGGUGUAAAAUUCGUACAAUUGAAGAUGAUGCAUACCAAGGCCUAAAGAAUCUCUCUACCUUGAUAUUGACAGGAAACCCGAUCCAAAGUUUAUCCCCACGAGCUUUUUCUGGAUUAUCAAAUUUGCAGAAGCUGGUGGCUGUGGAGACACACCUAACCUCUCUAGGGGACUUCCCUAUUGGACAUCUCAAAACCUUGAAGGAGCUUAAUGUGGCCCAUAAUCUUAUCCAUUCCUUCAGUAUCCCUGACUAUUUUUCUAACCUGUCUAGCCUUGAGCACCUGGAUCUUUCAAAUAACAAGAUUCAAAAUAUUUAUCAUAAAGACUUGCGUGUUCUACAUCAAAUGCCCCUAGGCACACUCUCUUUAGACCUGUCUUUGAACCCUAUAGAUUUUAUCCAACCCGGUGCCUUUGAAGCAAUUAGACUCCACGAACUGAUUUUGAAAAGUAAUUUUAAAAGUACAAGUAUAAUGAAGAUCUGUAUUCAAGGGCUGAGUGGUUUAAAAGUUCACCGGUUGGUUUUGGGAGAAUUUAAAAAUGAAAGGACCAUUAAAAAUUUUGAUAAAUCUGCCCUGGAGGGACUUUGCAAUUUGGCUAUUGAAGAAUUCCGAUUAGCACACAUAGAUGACCUCGAAGACAAUAUUACUGACUUAUUUGAUUGUUUGGAAAAUGUUUCUGUAAUGGCUCUGGUGCAUAUGUAUAUAGACAACCAAGAAAUUUUUCCUAAAGAUUUCAGCUGGAAAUCAUUAGAAUUUAUUAACUGUGAAUUUAGUGAAAAUAUUUUCUUCUUGAAGCUCUCAUCUCUCAGAAGGCUUAUUUUCACUGACAACAAAGGUGUGAGGACUUUUCCAGAACUUAACACACCAAGCCUUGAGUUUCUAGAUAUCAGCAAUAAUGGUUUGAGUUUCCAAAGCUGCUGUUCUGUGAAUAGUUUGAGACUGACCCAACUCAAGCAUUUAAAUCUGAGCUUCAAUGGUGUUAUUACCAUGACAUCAAACUUUGUGGGCUUAGAACAACUCAAAAGUCUGUAUUUCCAACAUUCCAAUUUGAGAAACAUCAAUGAAUUUUCAGUAUUCUUAUCACUCAACAGCCUCCUUUACCUUGACAUUUCCUAUACUAACAUCCGAGUUGCCUUCCGUGGCAUCUUUGAUGGCUUGCACAGUCUCCAAGUCUUAAAAAUGGCUGGAAAUGCUUUCCAGGACAACAGACUUCUGAAUAUCUUCACAGAGAUGACUAACUUGGCCGAACUGGACCUUUCUUCAUGUCAACUGGAACAGGUGUACCAGGGAGCAUUUGAGUCACUCCCCAGACUGGAGUCACUAAAUAUGAGUCACAACAAUCUGUUGGUAUUGGAUACACUCACUUAUAAAUGUCUCUACUCCCUCCACAUUCUGGAUUUAAGUUUUAAUCGCAUAGGAAAUAUUACAGAGCCAGGGCAGCAGCAUUUUCCAAGUAAUCUAACUUUAUUACAUCUUACUAAAAAUGCCUUUGUUUGUGAUUGUGAACAUCAGAUUUUCAUGCAGUGGAUCAAAGACCAGAAGUGGCUGUUGGUGGAAGUUGAACAAAUGGUGUGUAUCACACCUCCAAAUAUGCCUGUGCUGAGUUUUACAAAUGCCACCUGUCAGAUAAGCAAGACCAUCAUUAGUGUGUCAGUAUUCAGUGUGCUUGUGGUAUCUUUUGCAGUAGUUCUGGUUUAUAAGUUCUAUUUUCAUUUGAUGCUUCUAGUUGGCCGAAGAAAGUAUGGUAGGGGUGAAAGUGUCUAUGAUGCCUUUGUUAUCUACUCAAGCCAGGAUGAGGACUGGGUGAGGAAUGAGUUAGUAAAGAAUUUAGAAGAAGGAGUGCCUCCUUUUCGGCUCUGCCUUCACUACAGAGACUUUAUUCCUGGUGUGGCCAUCGCUGCCAACAUCAUCCAGGAAGGUUUCCACAAAAGCCGGAAGGUUAUUGUUGUAGUGUCCCAACACUUCAUCCAGAGCCGCUGGUGUAUCUUUGAAUAUGAGAUUGCUCAGACCUGGCAGUUUUUGAGCAGCCAUGCGGGUAUCAUUUUCAUUGUCCUGCAAAAGGUGGAGAAGUCCCUACUCCGGCAGCGGGUGGAGCUGUAUCGUCUUCUCAGCAGGAACACUUACUUGGAGUGGGAAGAUAAUGUCCUGGGGCGGCAUAUCUUCUGGAGACGGCUCAGAAAAGCCCUACUGGAUGGAAAAACACUGAGUCCAGAGGGAAUGGCAAGGGCAGAAAACAACCAACAAGAAGCAAUGACUUUGAUCUGAGGAGGACAAUACCCCUGAGGGGCUUCCUGCCCAGCUGAUCCCAAGACUUUUUCAAUUAACAAGUAUCAAGUGCUGCAAAAUGCCAGUCAUUAUGCUAAAGGCAAGUGAUUCAAUGGUGAAUAAAAUACAUAGGAUUGCGAGUCUCAUGAACUUUAUAAGGCUGAGGGAAUAAAAACUGUGUUAAAAUUCAGAAAGUCAAUUCAAUUUUUAUCCCAUCAAGUUGAAUUAGAACCAAAAGAAUGAACCUCAGUAGGGAUAGACAGGGACAUUGUCCUCCUCCACCUUUCAGGUGGUAAUUACACUAUAUAUUACAUUUAAGCCAUUUUAAAAACAGUUUUGGUUGUUUCAACUGAAC